CGUCAGUAGAACAAAUUCCUGAGGAGUUUUUUGUUCCUGUUUUCCGAGAGAUAAAGUGAAACUGCAGCUGGUUUGAGACCAAACUGUGCUGCUUUAUUUUGCAGAUUAAACAUCGGGUCAUUCCUGGAGGCUGUCAGGAUGUCGGCUGUUAAGGUGACGGAGGGGAGUGUGCAGGUGGAGAGCUGCAAAGCGCCGCUGUUCUACAGACGGACUGAGCCUGCCUCGGGGGAAGUGAAGAUGUCAGUUUUACUUCUUCACGGCAUUCGUUUCUCAUCAGAAAACUGGCUCAACAUCGGCACUCUGGAGACUCUGGCCAAAGCAGGCUGCCGAGCGGUCGCCAUCGACCUGCCAGGACUCGGCCAGUCUAAGUCAGCCGUGGCCCCCGCGAAGGUCGGAGAACUGGCCCCUGCAGGUUUUCUGAAGGAGGUAUGUGAGCAGCUGAGCCUGACUCGGGUGGUUGUGAUCAGCCCGUCGCUCAGCGGGAUGUACUCCCUCCCCUUCCUCCACCAGCACCAGGCGCUGAUACGAGCCUACAUUCCCAUCGCUCCCAUCUGCACCGACAAAUUCACAGCGGAGCAGUACCAGAGUGUAAAGGUCCCAUCGCUGAUCGUUUACGGCGACCAGGACACUCAACUCGGAGAGGUGUCACUGAACAACCUGAGCAAUCUGGCCAAUCACAGGGUGGUGGUGAUGAAAGGAGCAGGUCACCCCUGUUACCUGGACGACCCGGACACUUGGCACAAAGCUCUCACUGACUUCAUCAACACGCUGUGAAGCUGCUCGCUGUGUAGGCCUAUUAGUGGAGAGAUUCUUGUCAACAACAAUCACACAGAAAUGACUCAGAGGAGCCGCACAAAAUAACACAUUAUUCAUUCAUGAGAAAUUUAGGCCACAGAAAUGUCCUCCUGCACGACCUGAUUUUGACAUUUUAAAUAGUGUCAGUAAUACAACGGGAAGUCAAGACUUUUAUAAUGCCAAGAGGAGAUGAGGCUCAGGCUUUUUGAGAGAAAAAGCUUAUUCACUUUGCUUCUGAAAGUUAGAUUAAAAGACUGAUAUCUAUAUGUUAAAUGUGAAGCUACAGCUAACAGACUUGAAACGGGAUGGGGGGGUUUGCCUGAUAGAAUCAACGUACCAGCAUCUCUAAAACGCGUUAACGUGUUUUGUCAGGCAGGCGAGCUGUUUCCAGUCUUUGUACUAAACUAAUUUAGCCUGCUAACCCAGCAGACAUGAGUCUCUUGAUAAGUGUCCAGUGUGGAGAUUUUAGUGGCAGCUAGCUGUGAGGUUGCAGAACUGAAACAUCUCUGGUGUUUCAAAAGUGGAGGACUACAUUUAUAAAACUGUGGUCUAUGUUUUGACAAAACACAUCUGUGAAACUCUAAAUUUUUGAUCCAUGCAGAUUUUAUACUUGUAAAACUGACCCACCGUCAAGAUAAAUGAUAUGAAAAUCCGGACAUCAUCACAACUUAAGGACUACAAGCCGAGAGGGAACUCGCAAGUGGGGCCAGCAGGAGAAACACAUCUGUGCAUAUUCAGUAGGCUGCACAAAGCGCAAUUAGUAAGAUAGAAAACUUUAUUUGGUGCAUGCGUGAGGUGAGCAACUCUGUUGGACUGAAAAGGCACCAGCUCAGCAUCCGAUAUCUAUUAUACAUCUAUGGACAAACUCCAUGGAAGAGGACCUGCUGUAUAUGCAGAUAUAAACAGCUAAUUUAAAGGUAUCAAAAACAUGAUGACUCAUAUUUUUAUAUUAUAAACUAAUGAAAACAGUUAAAUACAUUCUAUUCAAUUUCCGUCAAUAGAUGCCACUAAUUCCUACAAACUGGACCUUUAAUUGUCUGGUCUCAGUAAGAAAGUGAAUACGCGUUUAUCCAAGAUGUGAGACUUUUCCUGUAAUAACACAAAAAGUAAUAAUGUAUUACAAUUACUUGUUUUUUAAAAAAUAGACUUUACAUU